AUGGCCGAGGAAUCCCUUUACGAAGACCUUGGGGAAGUCUCUAGUGAAGCAGACUUUAAUUCUAAAUAUAAUGAACACCCUCCUUCGCAGUCUGCUAAACCAGAUAAAGAUAGCACAGACUAUGAUUCUAAGACAGAAUACUUUCAAGGAUACGCUUAG